GACGAAGUUCGUGCUCUGGUAACAUUUAACCGAUACUAUGUCUGCAAAAGGGGCAACUAUGACGGCAAAGACCCAAUCAGAGGAUGCUCUGAAGAACCGUGACCUGUCACAGAAAAAGCAGCUCUCCUUUGAGGCUCAGCGCAUCUCAAAAGUAUUAGAAAACUGCAUCAGUCAAAUUGAGAUUGUGGCAGCACUGCCAGCUAUCUUCCACUUAAACAGUGCAUCUAGUGUUGUAGACGAGGAGUUGAGUAGGGCACUUCACAGGCAUCAACUAUUAGAUGAAAGAUUGCAGACGCUAGAAGGUCUUAAGCAGGAGUCGGAGGGAGAAAAUGGAGAAGCAAGGGAGAGAGCAAGGGCUCAGCUUGAGACGGACAUCAAGAAUUCUGUCAGGGACCUGCUCAGGUUUUUCCGAGCACAUCCAGAUGCCAUUUUUGGUUUGAGACGGAGAGGUAUGGAAGUAGGGGAGAGUGAGUGCAAACUAAUUAGAGGGCUUAAGAUGUUUCACAGCCUCAUGGUAGUAAAGUUGCUGACCAGUCUGGAAGAGGAGCUACAGCUGGUCCUCCGCAAGCCAGAGUGUCCAUCCCCUGCCCACAAUAUGGAGCACAUGGUUCUAGUGGAGGAAGAAGUAGCUACAGCCAAAAAGGAAAUAGAUUCAAAGAUUUCUCAGAGAAAAGUUAAGAUAGAAAUUAUGCAGCAUUCUCUGCAAGGGAUCAACACACUAGAAGCGGAUAUGUCAGCCAAGCAGCACCAGCCACUUAUCAAGAUAUCAAAGAAACAGGCCAGUAUGAAGCAGGAAAUUGAUCAACUGAACAUUCAACUCAACAAUUUAAUCCUUGAGAACAGACAGGCAGAGAGAGUACUCCAAGAGAAAUACGAAAAAGUGGAGACAGAAAUUGAAUACUUGCUCCAAAAGUUUGACAAUGAAAUGGAAGAAAAUUCGGCUGACUUGAAGCUGAAUGAAAUUGAUUAUGAAAGGGAGGAGGAGGAACUGAGGAGGCUGGAGAAACCCUUUUCUGUCCUAGAGGAGGAGUGCAAGCAGAUCCAGGAGAAACGUCGACUGGCAGAGGAGAAGAGACAGCAGGAGAUGAGGGAGCUAGAGUUGAAGACCAAAGCUGCUGUUUUUGCCCAAGCCUGGUGGAGGGGCUAUAGUACUCGCAAGGCCUUAAAGAACAAGAGCAAAAGCACGAAGGCAAAAAAGGGCAAAGGCAAGAAGAAAUAAAUUUCUGACUAGUUUCAACACACUGGUGCUACACCAACACACACUUUAUGAAUAUUUUUGGAUGUUUUUUUUGUUUUUGUUUUUGUUUUUUUAAACCUUGUUCAGCAAAUACAAUUAUACGCCAGAUUCAGUGUGC